UCCUUAAUGGCCCACCUGAGAGGAAAUCUUAUAAGCGACCAACGCUAAUGUAAAUCCGGUGAGCUCCAAUAGGUAGCUGAAUUGUCAACUGAACCUUGUCUGUACUUCUCUCACACCUGAUUAAACAUUUGAAAUAGAAGUUGAGAAUUAGCAGGUAUAACAUGAGGGGGAGAAUACUAGCAUGGCUGCUGCUACUCAUUUGCUUCACAGCCCUUCCAUGCUAUGCAUGCGACGGAACGGUUGCCCCUCAGGACAACGCAUUGAUGAGAAGAGAUCAACUCCAGAAUGUAUACGGGAUGAUAAGCGAAUCAAAAGAAAAGGGUGAUCGGAGAAGGCUUGAGGGGGUCAUGCAUGGGGUUGAUUUAAAGAGUUUGCAAAGAGCCAAGGGAAUUUAUGGUGGCGGAGAUACGCUUCGUCCUCGUACCAAGCCCAAGAGUGGAGCACAUAGUUUACUGUUGAAAUCCUCUACAAUUCUGUCAAGAACAUUCGGAUCUGCUGUAGUUGGAUUCGUCAUGUUUUUGGUUUUCUUUUGAUUAAGAUCGAGAUACUAUAGCUUUGUUACCUAAUCUUAUCGUUACCUAAUUUACCUUGCUUUCCUCCUCCUCCUUAACGGUGGAUUUAGCUUCUUGUUGGAAUAUUGAUGUUAAUCCACUAUUCAAUUUGCGCCGACAA